AUGUCAUCCUUAGACGAUCAAGUACCCGAAAAGCCCACAAACAAGCGUGUUCUCGAAGAAGACAACGCUCCUAUUAAAGAUGAAGAAGAUGAUAUUGGACCAGUUUUACCGCCUACUGGUGACAGUGAGGCACCUCGAAAGAAAAAAAGAUCUUUGGCUCAUGAACAGCUUUUCCUCUCACAUCUACCUUCGUCUGACAUGUAUGAAACCAGUUAUAUGCAUCGUGACACUCUCAACCAUGUCGAAGUUACAAAGCACGAUUUUAUAAUCACAACCUCAAACGAUGGUCAUUUGAAGUUUUGGAAAAAGACAGCUACUGGAAUCGAGUUUGUGAAGCAUUACCGAUCUCAUCUUUCAAGUAUUGUUGGGAUCAGUCUUUCGGCUGACCAUGAAUUAUUGGCUACAAUUUCUGACGACAAAGCACUCAAGGUGUAUGAUGUUACAAACUUUGACAUGAUUAAUAUGAUCAAACUUGGAUAUAAGCCAAAGAGUGUAUGUUGGAUCCAUCAAAAGGGACAAGCUCAAGCAUUGGCUGCAGUUUCUGAAGCUGGAACUUCGACUAUUCACAUUUACGAUGGACGCGCAGACGGAAAACCUUUGCACAGCAUUUCCACAAUUCACCACGGCCCAGUGCACAUCAUGACAUUUAACUCAAAAUUCAACUGUGUUGUCUCUGCUGACUCACUUGGAAUGGUCGAGUAUUGGUCUCCAGAAGAACCUUUUGAACUUCCCACAAAUCUUUCGUUCGAGAUGAAGUCACAGACAGAUCUUUACGAAUUUAAAAAGACCAAAUCUGUUCCUACAUGUAUAAAAUUCUCUCCAGAUGAAAUGAGUUUUGUUACCAUGAGCUUCCCUGACCGCCAAGUUCGUCUAUUCAAGUUCUUGUCAGGAAAAAUGUAUCGCAAAUAUGACGAAAGUCUUCAGAUUAUCAGUGAAAUGCAGCAGGCUGGUACCGCUCUGUACAAACUAGAUGACAUGGAGUUUGGAAGACGUCUUGCAAUUGACAAGGAACUUGAAAAGUCCUCUCAAGCUAGCUUUAUUAAUGCUGUGUUUGAUGAAAGCAGCAAUUUUAUUAUUUAUGCUACACUUUUGGGCAUCAAAGUGGUUAAUAUUAGUACAAACAAAGUAUCGAGACUGAUUGGUAAAUCUGAAACUCACAGAUUUGUCAAUGUCAGUUUAUACCAAGGAGCACCACGCAAGAAGGGUAUUUAUACUUUGGCAAUGGCUGCAUCAGAAAACGCUGUUAUCAAGGAAAGAGCAGCGCUCGAUCCUACUCUCUUUUGCACAGCGUUCAAAAGAAACAGAUUCUUUAUGUUCACCAGACGAGAGCCAUACGAGGAUGAUAGUAAAAAGGGUGAUCGUGAUGUAUUCAACGAAAAGCCAUCGCGUGAGGAACAGACCGUUGCUGCUGCACAGGAGCCUAAGCAGGUUCUUGGAACACAUGCCAUUCUUCGAACAACUGCUGGAGAUAUUCACAUCCGUCUAUUCCCUGAUGUUGCGCCAAGAGCAGUAGAGAACUUUGUGACCCAUGCCAAGAAUGGAUAUUAUGAUAACUUGAUUUUCCACCGAGUUAUCAAGGGAUUCAUGGUUCAGACUGGUUGUCCAUUUGGUGAUGGUACUGGUGGUGAGUCUAUCUGGGGAGAUGAUUUUGAAGAUGAAAUUGUUCGUGAGAUGAGACACGAUCGUCCUUAUACAGUCAGUAUGGCAAAUGCCGGACCCAAUACUAACGGAAGUCAAUUCUUCAUUACGGUUGUGCCUACACCUUGGUUGGAUGGAAAACAUACUAUUUUUGGGAGAGCAACUGCAGGUAUGGAUGUGGUGCAUACUAUUGAACAAUCAAAGGUGGACAAGAACGCAAAACCAUACGAUGACAUCAAAAUCAUCAAUAUCGAGAUCCGAUAA